AUGCAGAAGAUUGACUUGGUCUCUCGUCUACCAUUCGAGGUCCUCCUCUUGAUUUUUGAGGAGGCUACCCACGCAGCCACGCCUCAGAACUUCUCUGCCGAUCUACAUUCCUUAGCAUCGUUCUGUUGCGUUUCAAAGCGAUGGAACACUGUGGGAAUGACCCCUUCGCUGUGGUCAACCAUCUGCGUUACCCCCACAGAAAGUCCAUCGAUUGAUAUUUGCAUUCAGAGAUCUCGUCGCUCGCCUCUCACCAUCGCCGUCGAAUACGGUUACGACUCCACGGCGGACGGUAGAGCCACGCUGCUCUCAACAUUUUCUCGUUUACACGAACAUAUCGGUAGAUGGCGAUUCCUCCGUAUCUCGGCUCGCCGCCAGUACCUUCGAGGUCUCCUAUCAUUGCUGGAGUGUGCGUCUGCCCCCCGUCUAGAACAUCUUCAGCUCGCUCAAAAUGAAACCAAAUUUUCGCCGGUCGAUAUUGGGCCCCUCUUUAAUAUCUUUAUGGGUGGCCUACCCUCGCUAAAAUCUCUCCGAACCUUUGGGUUCAUUCCUGUAACCAAGGAGUCGUUCGAGCGGCCUUCCCUGUCCCGCCUCGAAAUUGUUCGCGCUCUCAACCAUCCUUGUGAAUGGGGUCAAUUCUACGACUUUCUUGCCGCACCAAGAAAUCUCACUCACCUCGCAAUCUCAACUGGUCGAGUAGGCCUUGUCCCUAACACUACGUAUCCCAUCAUUGAUUUACCCAAUCUCCGCUCCCUAUGUUUAACCUACGGUUCAAGCGACACUCAGUCUACGAUUCUCAAUAUCCUUGAUGCGCCAAAUUUGGAGCGUUUAGAAGUCAGCUGGAUUUCAGACUGGGACGUCUUUCUCCAUUCCCUUGAGAGCCUGUGCGAAUGCCACCCCACUCGAUUCCCACACGUAACCACUCUCAUAUUCCACAAAAUCGUAUACACCCCGACCUUCGAGGAUUAUCGGCUAUUCGAGGCAUUCCCGAAUUUGAAAUGUCUCGUUUUGGAUGCAGUACAGGACGUCGAGACUUUCUAUGAAGCCAUCGAUUCGCUGUGGGAAGACGAUGUUAGCGGCGACCGUUCCUAUCCUUGGCCAAAGCUAGAGGGAAUUCUCGUAACAGGUAACGAUGUUUCACAGGAUGUCGCCAGUUACAUCCCAACGAAGCGCCCGAUAUCAGGGCAGGCACUGGGGACCUAA